AUGGAGAAUAAUGAGAAAGAAACAGUGCUCCAUGAAGCUAUUCGCUAUAAUCACUUGGAGGUUGUCAAGUUACUAAUUGAAGAAGACCGUGAUUUGGCGUCCAUAGUAAAUGGCAAAGGAGACUCUCCUCUUUUCAUGGAGGUUGUGGAAAAACUUCAAGCUUUAACAUUAGAACAAGCUGAUGAUUGUGGAUGGACUCCUCUUCACUAUGCCGCACAUAUUGGCAAUGAGGUAUUUGUUAAACGAUUUUUGAACAACAAUAGUAAGAGCCUUCCUUUCUCAAAGAACAAAGAAGGUAUGUCUGCCCUUCACAUUGCAACAAAGAGAGGACAAGAUGCUGUCAUUAGAGUGCUGAUGAAAAGUUGUCCAAAAGUUUGUGAGUUGUUGGAUAACAACAGUCGGACAGCUCUUCAUAUUGCAGUGGAAAGUAUAAAGAUUAUGGUGGUGAAAUUUUUCCUAGAACGGACCAUGGCCUUUCAGGAUCUUAUAAACCUAAAAGAUGAUAAAGGAAAUACAGCUUUGCAUGUAGCCACUACUGUAGCAGAUUUCCAUAUUUUAAGAAUUCUUACAAACGACUCAAGAAUUGACAAAGGAGCUGCAAAUGAGGACAAAAAGACAUUUGUUGACAUAAUCCUAUCAAAUAAGGAGCUACAGGAUACUGAAAUUUUAAAGAUCAUGGUGAGUUUGGAGAUAGAAAUUGUUUUACCACCACGUUCUGAACAGAAGCUGGACACAAGAAAAACGAAUGAAGCAGAGAGUAAGGAAAAGAAAAAAGACAAAAUACACAUUGAAGAAGACGAAGCCGGCUGUAAACGGCAAACUAAUGAAGCAGAGAGUAAGGAAAAGAAAAAAGAUGAAAUACAAGUUGAAGAAAACGAAGAAACCGGCUGGAAACAGUUUGAAAAGAUGGUAAUGGUAUCAUCAGACAAGAAGAAGCCGUCUAAAAAUGGAGGAGGAUUUGAAAAUAGGAUGAAGGAUUUCUCCGAGGUCAAUUUAGUGGUAGCAACAAUCAUAGCUGCCGCCACUUUUGAGGCCACUUUGGAAAUGCCCGGUGGUUACAAUGACCAAGGGCUACCAGUUCUCUACCAAAGUGGAGAAUUCAGACAGUUUUUAUGUUAUGAUCAAUUGGCUUUUGGUCUAUCUGCUGCGUCCUUGUUGCUCCACUUUUUUCUCAUGCUAUUUCGGAAAAUAUUCUCAGUCACUUUAGUCCCAGUUGCUUGGACGUCAUAUCUUACAAUGGGCUCACUUUCCAUGAUGGUUUUUGCUUUUGACCAUGGUAUAAACACAGUCUUCCCUACAACAGAAAACCACAACAUGUACAAGAUGUACAAGGAAGACUACUAUAUUAUUGCCAAUGGUACUCCCGUCUUGUCUAUUUGCUUCUUCCUUUUUGUUAUUUUACCUUCUCUAUUACUGGCCAAGUUUUGCGCAACAGCUAGAAGAUUUGAGCCUCGCAACAGUGUCAGAAUUCGUUUUGGACUCUGGAGUUGA